AUGGAAUAUGGAACAAUGGAAUAUGAAGAAGAGCAUGAAGAGCAAGAAGAUCUCAUGAUGGAUGAUGAGGAUGAGGAAGACGAUCAUUUUGAUGAGGAGAUGAUGCUUGAAGGCAGCGAUAGCCCGUCGUCUGUGGUGGCUGUAUCACCGCAUGGCACGUCUUCCAAUAGCAGCACGUCGCCUUCGCUUCAGGUCGAGAGUCCGUCAGCAAGGACGGAAUCUUCAACGACAACGUCUUCAGGAGUCGUCGAAAAACGGCAUAUUUGUGACAUUUGUGGAAAGGCCUUCUCAUAUUUCUCAAUAUUGGAAUCACAUAAGCGAUCGCAUACCGGAGAAAAACCAUUCAAAUGCCAUUUUUGCGUUAAAACGUUUGCUCAGAAAGCGACACUUCAAGUGCAUGAGAGAACACAUACUGGAGAGAGACCAUAUAAAUGUCGAUAUUGCGACAAGACAUUCGCCCAAUAUGGUACUAAAACUGUACACGAAAAGAGUGCACAUUUGGGAAUUCGCAAUUACAAAUGUCCGAAAUGCGGAAAACUGCUGUCAUCGCCAUCAGCAUUGUAUACUCAUAAGAAAACUCAUGGAGAUAAAACGUUUCGGUGUGAAUUUUGUCCAAAGACAUUCGCUCUUAAGAAUUAUUUGAAGUUGCACGUCAAACAGGUGCACGAGCAAAAUGAGAAGAAACACGUGUGCCGAUAUUGCAACAGAGGAUUUGCCUAUGCUGGAAGCUUGCAGGUUCAUGUGCGAACGCAUACUGGAGAGAGGCCCUAUGUUUGCAGAUUCUGUCCGAAGGCGUUUGCAAGCCAGGGAAAUUUGCAAUCGCAUGAAAGAACCCACACGGGUGAAAGACCCUACACUUGCCAGUACUGCCAGCGGACAUUCAUCCAGAAAUCACAAUUAACGGCACACGAGGCUACGCAUCUUGGGCAGAAGAAUUCAAUAAAUGCAGAUCAUGAAAUGGCUGGUACCGCCUCAAAUCGAGAGGAAACUGGAACCUAUCGGUGCAGUUUCUGUCAUGUUGUGUUCCCAUUUGCGAGCAAUCUCUUCAUUCAUCUGAGAAAGCACAAAGAUAAACUCUACGGCAAUUACUGUAAAGCAUGUGGAGAAACAUAUCCAGUGGCAGAAGCGCUCAACGGUCACAUGGAGCAUUGCGCCGCUUACCAGAGCCUUGUCAAAACUGGCAUCAUUCGGCCUCCACAGAUGACAAAUGAGGAUUCGGAGUCGGAUGGAGAAAUUCGGAGAGAAUUCUCAUCACUAGGAGUUCGAUCAUUUCCGCCACCUGUUAAUAUUUAUCAGCAACCGCCGCCACAACAUCAAAUGCAAUUCUCUCAUCUGCGAGGUCUUCCGCAAAUCUCUCUGGGUUCAUCUCAACCAGUCCAACAGUCCGGGCAGCUCAACUUUGGGCUUCCGGUUUCGCAGCCACCACAGGUGUUCCCGCACGCAGCAGCGCCUGUUCAGCCGCUACACUACCCAUCCUUGGAGCUACCCCCAACUGACUUCGGGCCGCUCACUGGAUCGAAGCCUCCCUCAUUCCAGCCGGAUCAAUUGGGAAGCUCCGAAGCUUUAUCUGCAUUCCAUCCUCCGGUUUCGAAGAGCCAACAACCGAUGAACUCAACGGAGAUUCUCAACUCUUUUCUUCCACAAAUUCCUCCGACCAACUCGAAUCCUCAAUUGAGCUUGUCAACAAGCCUCCUUUCAACACAGCUUCUUCUGCAACAGCUCCAGAAUCCCGAUCAACUCAAUUAUCUUCUUCAGCAGAAUUUGCUGUCGCUCGCAGCCAGUCUUCCACAACAGCCGCAAUUCUACCAAGCCCCUUCAACAGCUCCACCAGUGCCCUCAGCGCCCGCUGCGCUUUCAGUUGUGUCAAAUCCACCAAUGGAUCUUGCCUCUUCACCAAUUCAAGUUCUUGCUAGCGCUGAACGCGAUUUUCAUGAUGUUUGGAUCGAGUAUGACACCGUCGUCGCAAACAAUAAACACGAGCCUCGUCAUGCCUUAAUUUUCGUCGCCUUACUCAAUGACCAAUUCACCUUUGGUGGACUACCAGAAAUGUUCUACAAGCGUACUUCAUGUGCUGCAUUCCACACAGAUCUCAAUAUUGUCGAGCGGUGCCAUGAUGAUUAUUUCCUGCUGCGGGCUGAUCUGAUCAACUUGAAAAAAGUGAUAUUUGAUAAGGAUUCGAAAUUCGAUACGGUUUGCGUCGAAGCGGCGAAAAAAGCGAACGACAAGAUUGAAUCAUUGUAUAAAGACAAAUACAAUUAUGUGAUGCGCUACGAAAAUCGCGUUCUGAUGAUGUAUAAACCUUCUCGCGAUCACGAGAAAUGUAUUGGAACGUACGACAUGGAUGAAGACGUAUUCACUUGUGUUCGUCACAAUGGAACCGACAACGUUCCAGUUCUCGAAGAGAGCUUCCUCUUCAACAAGUUCGACAAAAGCUUCAAUCGAGUUGUGAACACGGUUGAAGUUUACUGUCGUGUGCCACAUACAUCCUACAAUUAA